GAUAGAUAGAGAGAGAGUGAGUGUGUGUGGUGGGAGGAGGAAGAAGAAAAAGAAAAAAGUCAGUGUGAAAGAGGGAGUGGGAAGCUGAGUAAAUUACUGCGAGUCGGUGGCGACCUUUUUGGAGAGACGAACUAACUCGCUGUUACAGAAAGAAAAAAAUGUUCGAAGGAUCGCCGGCGCGCGUGACCGAGCGCGGCACUGAGUUCGGCGGAGCUGCUGUGGUGUGUUUUCCGCUCUCGGCGGGACGGUAUUGAUCGGGGAAACUCCGGUUCAUCUCGCCUUGUCUAAUAGUUUUUUUUGUGGACCCACUUUACACUUUUUCCUCACUCUCCAGAAGUCUUCUGUGCGGCUGAGACAGACUAAACCAAGUGCGAAGCGCGCGCGAGCUCGCGGGUGCAUCUAUUUUUGAGUGAAAGUUUAGUUUCUUUCUCGUUGUUUUUGGCUCGUUAGUGAGGCCGACUCUCGCCCUCUGCCGAACAGGACUCGGCUUGCACGCUGAAGCACAACAUGAAAACUCCCGGUGAAACGGGGUUCGCCUUUCCGGAAUGGGCGUACAAACCUGAGUCGAGCCCGGGCUCCAGACAGAUCCAGCUGUGGCACUUUAUCCUGGAGCUGCUCAGGAAGGAGGAGUACCACGAUGUCAUCGCGUGGCAGGGGGACUACGGCGAGUUCGUCAUAAAGGACCCGGACGAGGUGGCCAGACUGUGGGGGGCGCGCAAGUGCAAGCCUCAGAUGAACUAUGACAAACUCAGUCGAGCUCUCAGGUAUUACUACAACAAACGGAUCUUGCACAAAACUAAAGGCAAGCGCUUCACCUACAAGUUCAACUUCAACAAGCUGGUCCUCGUCAACUACCCCUUCAUCGACAUGGGGCCUGCAGGCGUUCCCCAGAGCGCUCCUCCCGUGCCCACAGGUGCAGUGUCUCAUUUCCGUUUCCCUCCCUCCACCCCGUCCGAGGUUCUCUCCCCGAGCAGCGAGGAGCUGAGAAGCCCGGGCUCGUUCAGCAGCGUGGCGCGGCGCCUGGCCCGGGGCUCCGUGUCCGACUGCAGCGACGGCACGUCCGCCAACUCCGAGAUCGACGAGGGCAGCCUCGGCAUAGGCGCGGCUGAAGAGCGGGUGCCAGAGAGAGGCUUCAGGAGCGCCGUGCCGCCCCGCCUGACUCACGACGCUCUGUACCGGAUGUACGGAAAUCACAGGGGUCACCGUGCUCACCCGGAGCCGCUUUCGCCCUUCGCUCCCGCGGGCUCAGGCCUGUUGGCUCCACCGCCACUCUCGCCCGCCCUGCCCGUGACGGCGGGCACACAUCUGCCCUACACGCCCUCCCCCACGCUGUCGCCGAUGGCGGGCUCCAUCUUCUCGUUCAGCGCCAAAGACAUGCAGCACUACCUGCAGGCGCACACGCAGAGCGUCUACAACUACCACCUGAGCCCGCGCGCGCUCUUCCACUACCCCAACGUGAUCGUGCCCCAGCCGCAGCGACCCGACAAGCCCCUGCCCAGUACCGCGGAGCGCCCGUCCGUCCUCGCCCACUCGUUCCCGCUGCCCCCGGCGGACGACGCCCACCACGCCCCAUUCAAGUUCAAGCUCCAGCCUCCACCACCAGGCAGGAAGCAGCAGCGUGAGGCACAGGGACACCAGGGCUCCCUCGGCUCCUCUUCAUCAUCUGCCCUCGGCUCCUCGCUCUCGUUCGGCAGCGACCUGAGCUCAGGCAUGGUCUCGAAUUCUUCGUCGAGCGGCUCGCUCAACAGCACAGGCCUACCCAAGAUCAAGGUGGAGCCCAUCUCCGACAUUGAAUCCGAGGAGGAGGUCGAAGUCACCGACAUCAGCGAUGAAGAGGGAGACGAGCGAGACGAAGAGUUCUUCAACCCCCAGCACCGUCAUCACCAUCACCACCACCACCACAUUUUCGGGCGCCAGUCCAACGGCACUUCCGCUCCCCCUCAGUACGACGACUCGGAGGAAGACGUGUUCAAAGCCCCGGCUCCUCCCCCGCUCUUCGGUGCACCUUCCUCGUCGUCGUCUCGUAGCGGCAUGCCCGUGAUAAAGAGCGAACCCGGCACGCCGCCGGCCCACAGCAGCCACGGGCACGCCCCCUUGGCCUCUCCUUCUCAGUGCAUCCCACUGAAACUGCGCUUCAAGCGGCGCUGGGACCAGGAGCAGCACACCGAAGAGGCCGAGGAUAAAAAAGUCAGGGGGGAUAAAAAGAACGGCGAGAGCAGCGGAGUCGAGAGGGAGGAGAGCGAGCGCUCCGCCCCUCACAAGCUGAGCGCCGAGCUGCACCGCGCGGCCGCCCAACUGUCCCUGGAAAACAAGGACUGCUGAUACAAGUGACUUGCUGACAUUACUUACACACGCACACACAGAAGGAGCACUGAUACGUUCGAUGCUCGAGAACAAUAGCCGCUGACAUUCACACGCUCGCAGACGGGCACGAUCUACGAUACUGACAGACGAAUACACACGCACCAGCACUCGUGAUGGCAGCCCAGAAACAAACGAAACUGACACCCUUUUACACUUACCUUCAAAAACUAAGUGUGUGUCCGAGCUCACCAGUGUGUAAAAAUUUAUCAGAAGGUGAUCGGAAUAAGGAAAACGUAUCACACACACACAUACACAAACAAGCACCACUGACCCUCAGGAGACUGACAGUUGCCACUGGAGGACAUUUUUUUUUCUUUAUAUAUAUAUAUAUAUAUAUAUAUAUACACUUAUUUUAGUUUAUUUUGUUCAGUGAAGUGCCUGCAAACGGAUCCCACAGACAGCAGAGAAGAAGAAAAAAAGGCAGAACAAUUAUCGGACUGAAACAACCACGUGAUCGGCGUAAACGCACCACACGGGGCAGAUCAGCUAUGGUUAGCUCUGGGCGGAGUUCUUGUCUGCUCGUCCUUAUCCUCAGAGAGGCACUGUUGUAACUGCUCUCCGGAGCUGUGCUGUACACCUAACCUAACCAGCCUGGCCAAGUUGCUCAGGGACUCUUUAUGGCACACACACUCACUCACUCACACAUGAAUAGACGCUCACACGACCACAUCUACAUUACUGAUGAAUCCACCUGUCGCUUGUGUGAAGCCUGCACUGGACUGCGUGUCCCUAAAAGCUCCUCAGCCUCAUGACCAUCGAUAUGUGAUGAUUUAAAAAAAAAAAAAAAAAAAAAGAAAGAAAGAAAAAAAGAAAAUACUAGGAGUGUUCUCAACGCCUAUUGUAACUCCUCUACUGUUUCUGGUUAUUGCUGUUUAGUGACAGUUCUGGAAACUCAGGCGGAUGGUUGGUCGUGUGUGUGUGUGUGUGUGUGUGUGUGUGUGUUUCUGAGUGUUCUCAGGAUUUCUUUUCUCUCUAUGUAAACCAGCUCACCUCAGCACCCCCCACCCCAUCUCUCUCUCUACCUUUGGCUCGCUCUGGGACCAGAAAAUACUGUUCAGUACUCCAGUCUUUUUUUUUUUUUUCCCCCAGUCUGGAUAAAAGGAAUCGUGUUUUACAGAAGAUCCGUUUGGCUAAACGAAGCUUGGAUGGAUCGAAGGUGGAGAUUUUGUUCUACUUAUCCGAUGUAGUCGCUUGUUCUUAUUUCUCGCCGCUCACUGCGUGAGCGAGCGAUCAGCGUGUCAUUCGGUGCAGGAGAGGGGCCGGAGGGCUACUCUUUUGGGUUGUGUAAGUGUAGGGCGUCCUGUGUGGGCAGGGUUUUUUUUUUUCCCUCUCCUUUUUCCUGUGUGGGAAUUAGAGUUUCUCUCAUGUAAUCCUCCAGAACCUCCUGGGGAAUUGUGGGAAGUGUAGUUUUAAGCGUCUUUGUGGCAUAAGAAAGAGGCACCUGAUUCAUCCUUUCCCCUACACACUAACACUGAUAGCAUAACAGGCCAGACUCCUUUUUUUUUUUCUUUUUUUUUUUUUAGCACUGCCUUCUAGCAUGUCGAGACAAGAACUCGGAAAAACCGCAAACUAUACUGUUUUAUAUGGAAACCUGUUAUAUGUAUUGUAUGAAUAUUGUAAGCUGCAGUUGUGGAACCAUAGCAUUAACAAUUUAAUAUGUAAUGAUCCAGGGAUUUGAAAGAGGUUUAAUUUUUUUUAAAGGCCUGGAUGUGUGUGUAUAUGUAUGUAUAUAUAUAUAUAUAUAUAUAUAUAUAUAUAUGUAC